CCGCGAUACUUUUAUACGCAAUUAUUUCUUGAUAAGCUGCGAAUGGGUAAAGUAGUUUGUUGUGGAAGGGAGUCAAAAAAUCGUAAUAAAUUCGUGUAAACAAACCUAUGUGUAUGUGCGAUCGGAAGAGAACAUGCUUUUACUUUUUAUUUUUAUAAAAAUGUCAAAUAUUUAAUAUCCUUGAGUUAUUAGAUGUCACGUCAUAUUUCAGGUUAAGUUUGUAAAGAAAGAAUCUUAUUCUGAUGUAACUCAACGUUAUAUUUUAUUUACAAAGGUAGCUAGUAUUAUAAACAAAAUGGCGCCAAAAUACAUCUUGACAUACUUUCCUCUUGGUGGGCGUGCUGAAUGCGCUCGUUUGAUGUUUCAUGCGGCUGGAGUUGAAUUUGAAGACGUACAGCAUACUUUUGCUCACUGGGGGACAAUAAAAAAUGACGUUGAUCAAUUUCCUUUGGCUCAGCUGCCUAAAUUAGAAGUAGAUGGACAUACAAUAAUCCAUUCUGGUGCUAUCUACAGAUACCUUGCUCAUGAGUUUGGUUUCUAUGGUGCAUGUAAUAAAGAAAGAUCAACGGUUGAUCAAGUUUGUGAAACAUUAAACGAUCACUUUACCAAUUUGAUAAAAAUUAUGUUCAACAAGGAACUAUCCGACGAACAAAAGAAAAAAGAGUAUGAUGAAUAUUUUGCAUCAGAUCAAGCAAAGCGAUACUUCAAUUACUUGACUAAGUUACUCAAGACAGCUAAUGAUGGAAAAAACUUCUUUCUGGGAGAAAAGAUCUCUUUAGCUGACUUUGUCUUCUUUGCCCAACAUGACAUGAUGAAAAAGGCCUACGAAGCGUAUUUGGACCCCUACCCGGAAUUAAAGGCGUUGGUCGAUCGUGUAGGGGCAGUUGAAGCAGUCAAGAAGCAUAUGGAAUCAAGAAAGUAUUAAAUAUGCAUGACCUUGUUAUUUUAAAGACUUUUUUGUCAGAUGUAUAUUCUUAUGUAUCUUCUUAUUCUUAUUAUUAUAAAAUUAGCUAGCUAUUA